ACGCAUUGCAAGAUCGAGAAACGCGCAUUAGAUUUUGUGAAAGAGUUUUUGCAACGUUAAAAGACAAAAUGGCAAGUGGAGAUAACCCCGAUCAGCCGCGCCACCCGCGUAGUCUACAGGGUCUGCUGAAGUUUGCUAUGGAAGCAACCAAGGACGAGGACGCUCCACGCGAACAUUCCAUGGAGCAGAUGGAUGAGGAGCGACGUCAAUUUCUGGAACUGGCGCUGAACACAGUGACCGUGGAUGUGGCGACAGAGUUCGAGAAGGCAGUGCAGAUAUUCGAAGACCGAGAUGCUGCGGAUGAGGCGAAGGUCGACGCACUGGAAGCGUGUCUGGAAUAUGUGCAGGAUCUGGAUGCGGCGAACGAUUUCUUUCAGAUCGGAGGUUUUCAGAUAAUCCGGCCGGGUUUGGAAUCGUCCAACGCAAACAUCCGCAGCUGCAUGCUCCGACUGAUCGGCGCCAUGACGCAGCACAACCCGUUCUGCCAGUUGAAGAUGCUGGAAAUGGACAUUCUCCCGAAACUGAUGGAAAUGCUUUCAGACGAACCGAAGGUAGCGGAAAACGCACUACAUGCCAUGUCGUGUUUGAUACGGCACUGCGAUCAGGCGAUAGUGGCCUUCAUGGCCAUCGGCGGCGUCGAGUGUAUUUUGCGGUGCAUGGAGGUUGGCAGCGAAAAACUGAAGGCAUGUGCUGCGUUCCUCACGACUGGCAUGGUCACCUCGUACCCGGCGUCGCGGGACGAGUUUAUCAAGCUUGAUGCGGUGGAAAUAUUUAUGGGAAUCAUCAAGCCGACCACAAAAGACUACGAUCCAGAGCUGGACACCGCGCUGUACGCGCUGAAGCAUUUGAUUGAAUGCGACGAGGCCAAGCAAAGGUGCUCCUCUGAAGAGGGGUUUAAAGAGAAACUGGACACGAUCAUCGAACACAGCCGAGGAAAUAGUGCAUGUGAGGAAAUUUUGCGAUGCUCCCAGUUUAUUCUAAAGCGAUGCUUUUCCGAUCACAACGAUGAAACUGGGCGAUAAACGAUUGGUUGCAUUUGUACUGUUGUUCAUGGCUCCAAUAAACAUACUUCCGAUACGAAACUUCAA